CGCAUUUUGAAACGAAGAAUGGGGGAACAUUACGCUGUGGGCAAGAAGAAGAGGCUGCAAACACAGCAACAGCUUCGGUUUCAAGUGCUCACAAACAAACCGGAGGACUGACGAGUCAAACCCGGGCGGUCCUGAAUCACACAUGACAUAUAGUGACAGCAUGGACACUGAGGAGCUCCAGAGGAACCUCCAGCCUGCCUCUAUGGUUGAAGAGGACAUGGAUGCUGUGGAGGCACUGAUGUCCAUGACUAAACACUGGAAAACAAGGAGCUUCAGGCUCAGGCAGGUUAGACCCCUGACCCCUUCGUCGGACUGCUCAGGAGAUGACUGUGCCUCACCAGGAUCUGCCUCGCUUCAGGACUCCACAUUGUGUAUGACACCACCAUAUAGCCCACCUCACUGCGAGGCCACACAUUCACCCGCAGCAGCAACAACCGUUCAUCUACCUGCAGAAACUGGAAGUCAAACCCAGCUGCCCACACAAGACGCCGAUCUGCGAACACAUGCUGCGGCGUCCGAGCAGAGGUUCCGGUGCACUAGUGUUAUCCGCCACACUGCAGAGGAUCAGCAGUGCUGCUCCAGUGUCCAUCCCGUCUCAACAGAAGACAGACUCUGUCAAGUUCACAUAAAUGGCUCUAGAGAGGAUUUGCACUUAGAAGAUGGACUGAACCACAGAGACUCUGACUCUAGAGCCGCCACACCACAAAAGCCUUUGACUGCAACUGUGACGAAUGUGGUGAAGGACAGUAAGACGCAGAGGAGCCUUUCAGGUCCAAGUGAUGAAUCAAACAUCCCUCCAUGUGUCUCCAUUGUCCCUGCUUGUAAUAAUGGAGUCCCUCAUGUGCCUGUCUACUGCCAGAUCUAUCCUGUCUCUUCUCUUUCCACCAGUGUUGUACAAAAGCAUGUCACAGCUGCUGAGAGUCCAAAGCAGAACUCACCAAUUACCCAAAAACACACAGUACUGAAUUCACAACCCCAAGCAGCUUCUUCAGCCCAGGUCUUUGUCCUUGGGCACCAGGUCGCACAAAGUCCCCUAAUGCUCCUUGUCCCUCAGUCAGCUGUUCCUACGAUAUAUGUUCAGCCAUCGCUGGUGACACCCAGUACCAACAAGUUGCCAGUCAUCGCGCCUGCACCUGGACGUACCGUGGUGGAGCAAAGACAAAGCCUGCUGCAGCCUGAGUUGUCCCGUAUACGCAGUCACGUUUGUCCCCAUGAGAACUGUAGCAAGACCUACUUCAAGAGCUCCCACCUAAAGGCUCAUAUGAGGACACACACAGACCACCAUGGAAAUGUGCAGAUGAUGAACUUUGGGUUAUGCGGACCUCUGCAAAUAUGUGGACAUGGAAAGAAUGAGUCGGGCCUAAAGGGUCAGCCAAACAUACAGGUGUGUUCUACAGUAAGUGACUGCAGAAGUUACCAAGAGUAUUUAGUGACAAAUGAUAGAAUUUAACAGACUGAGCUCAGAGGGACACAGCAGUGCUCUGCUUUUGUCCCCUCACAACACUGAAAUAUAAAAAGCUUUUUCAUUUUAGGCCAUGUUCACUCCCUCAGGGCUAACUACUAACACAACCACUGAAAGACCAUGUAAAUGUAAAAGUUUUGUAUAUAGUGAAUUUUCACUUCCAGACUACAACUAGAAUGGAAGUUGUAAGAAUUGCACAAUUUUUUAACAUUUUGAAUCACAAUAUUGGAUUUAAGGCUUUUUGAGUUUGAUUUUCAACUAAUAAUAUCAUCACACAGCAGUGAUUACUGUGUCGUGUUUCGCUUCUUUGCUGAAUUUAACGUUGGGCUACAGUGUCAUGUGGUACGAUGUCCAACCAUUUAUGGUGCCGGUCUGCACACCCAGCUGUUAAAAUACCGUUCCAAAUCAUAUUAUGGCAAGCUGAACUGCACUGAACUGCUUGGUGGAAACACAGCUGUUGUGUCAUGAAAGUAUACAUGUUUCAACCAUGUAACCAAAGCACCGUUCAUCAUCUGGUGCAGGUCAUUUAUUAACAAGUCAAAAAAAUGUUUGCUUCAGGUGAGAAGCCCUUCAAAUGCAAGUGGGAGGGCUGCGAGAGACGAUUCUCUCGCUCUGAUGAGCUGUCUCGCCACCGACGCACCCAUACAGGAG